CUGUUUAGGUCAGUGUGUGUGUUUGUGUGUGUGUGUGUGUGAGAGAGUUUGUGUGUUAUAAUGAACACAUUAAGUUCAAGGAGUUAAAUCUCCUGAUCUGGCAACCCAACUCCCUCUGUAGAGUUUCCGCAAAACAUUAUACACACACACACACACACACACACACACACACAUCUGUGCGGCUGGUAUAACAGGGUGACAGUGAACUCUUCACAGACUAUAUUUUAUUCCGGAGCAAUGUCAUUUAAGAAAGAGUCCAAGCCGAACCUGAGCCAUUCCCAGGUGACAGAAAUCACUGCACGUCUUUUUGGGUUAACUGUGUCCACCGUGAGUCCUCUGCCCAGUUACGCUGAUCAGAACUCUCACGUGGUGUGUGUGGACGCUGGUGAGUUUGUGCUGAAGGUCAUGAACUCUUCGGACAGUGAGGACAUGAAACUGCUUGAGCUGCAGACACACAGCAUGAACUUCCUGCAGCAGAAUGGACUUCCAGCUCAGACGGCUCUGUGCACCAUCACGGGGGAGACAAUGAGUCUGGAGGAGAUCGAUUGUGGAUAUGGCCUGCAGAAAUAUUUGGUGCGCUUGCUGACGUAUCUGCCUGGAACUCCAGUGGCCAAAAUCACUUGCACACCACAGCUACUGUACGAAAUGGGAAAAAUGGCUGCCAAGCUGGACCUGGUUUUACUGCGGAUGGAGCAUGAGGACCUCAGUGUUCUUCAGAGGGAGAACUUCAUCUGGAGUUUGUCCUGCGUUCCUCUGAUAGAAGAUUAUCUUUCUGUGAUGGACGGAGAUCCGCUGCAGCUCAUUGUUAGAGAAGUUAUUGAUCAGUACCGAAACCAAGUGGUACCGAAACUUCCCUCUUUCCGCAAGAGUAUAAAUCAUGGAGAUCUGAAUGAUCACAACAUCCUCGUGGAGCCGGAGGGACCAUCAUGGUACAGGAUCAGCGGGAUUCUGGACUUUGGCGAUAUGAGCAGCGGUUAUUUCGUGUUCGAGCUGGCGAUCAUGAUCAUGUACAUGAUGAUCGAGAGUGCAAAUCCGCUUGAGGUUGGGGGUCCGGUGAUUGCUGGGUUUGAGAGCGUAGUUCCUCUGAACACUGAUGAAAGAAACGCUUUGUAUACGCUGGUGCUGAGUCGAUUCUGUCAGUCGCUGGUUUACGCACGUUCUGCAGUUCUCCAACAGCCGGAAAACGAAGAGUACCUGAUGAUCACAGCAAAAACCGGAAAUAGACUUCUCCAGCUUCUGUGGGAAAAAGGGAAGGAGGAAGUGGAGAAAGUGUGGUGUGAAGGUGCUGCAAAUUUCUCAAUGCUAACUGAUAAUAGUAAACUCUUACCCUAAAUUCUAAUCCCUAAAACCUAAGUGCUAAACGCUAACUGCUAAUUCCAGCACAAACAACCACAGCUGCUAACAGUUAGAAUAAUGCAAAACUGGAACCGAACAGCUAGCCAUAAACUGUAUGCUAUCUAUUGCCGCUAAUGUUGCAGUCACGCCGGCUAGUGGUAAUUCCAUAGAAUGUUUAUUUCCUGUUUAUUUCCUGUUUAGUUUUGCAAAACGGAUUCAAGUAAAACUGAUGCGGAUGAAUCAUAGAUAUUUUGGCCCACUUGUCUGUCAGUCACUUGCUAGUGAGGGACCAGUGCUAAUCCAAGUCUAGAUGCUAACUUCUUACCUUGGGCUGCUAACUCUAAUCUAACUGCUAGCCAUAACUGCUAACACUAAUCACACUACAGCAGUCCACCCUGCUUAUUUACGAGUGUGUUGGGUGGGGAGUGUGGGCCUGCUUGGGUGUCUUUGGGCCUGGGUCGGCAGACGUGGGUCUGUGUAGGUGUGUUUGUGUGCUGCUUAAAUGAGGACAGGAAUCCAUUUUCUUCUGUUUUUGUUCUUCUGAAUUAAACAGUAUUACACUAUGAUCUGAUGUGUGUUAGCUGCAGUUUGUUUACUGUUUAAUUAAACAAAACUGUAACUGAAUAAACUGAUUUCUUUUAAA